CAUUUCAUGUACUAUAAAUAGCCUUGUUUUCCAUUCUAACAGCACUUGCUCUGUAAGCCUUUGCUUCCUCUGUCUCUCUUGUUUUUCUCUCCAUUGCCUUCAUUAUAUACUCUGCCACAGCUAUGGUUGCUGAAGUAAUGCCUGAAAAACCCCUUCAAGGGGUUCCCAUCCUUUCAAGAGAGACCAGCUUCUCUUCUUCACCUAGAAGGUUGGAAGGCAAGGUUGCUAUUGUGACCGGUGGUGCCAGAGGGAUAGGAGAAGCAACAGUUCGAGUUUUCGUGAAGAACGGUGCAAGGGUUGUGAUUGCAGAUGUUGAGGAUGCACUUGGCACAAUGCUUGCUGAGACCUUGGCUCCUUCAGCCACCUAUGUUCACUGUGAUGUCAGCAUGGAAGAAGAAGUUGAGAAUCUGGUGAGUUCCACAGUUUCUCGGUUUGGUCAAGUGGACAUAAUGUUCAACAAUGCUGGGGUGCUAGGGAACCAGUCCAAGAACAAGAGCAUCAUAAACUUUGACCCUGAUGAGUUUGACCGAGUGAUGCGUGUGAACGUGAAGGGAAUGGCCUUGGGGAUCAAGCACGCGGCAAGGGUGAUGAUUCCAAGGGGAAUUGGGUGCAUAAUCUCCACUGCUAGUGUUGCUGGGGUCAUGGGGGGGCUUGGCCCACAUGCCUACACUGCCUCAAAGCAUGCCAUUGUGGGGCUCACAAAGAACACCGCUUGUGAGUUGGGGAGGUAUGGGAUAAGGGUCAAUUGCAUUUCACCCUUUGGGGUGGCCACAAACAUGCUUGUGAAUGCUUGGAGAAGUGGUGCUGCUGCUGAUGAUGAUGGUGAUGAUAGUGUGAUCAAUUUUGGGUUGCCUUUCCCUGAGGAAGUGGAGAAAAUGGAGGGGUUUGUCAGAGGGCUUGCCAACUUGAAUGGAACAACUCUUAGGGCUAAAGAUAUUGCUGAGGCUGCACUCUAUCUUGCUAGUGAUGAAUCCAAGUAUGUUAGUGGUCAUAAUCUUGUUGUGGAUGGUGGAGUCACCUCCUCUAGAAAUUGUAUUGGUUUGUGAUUUUUUUUUUUUACUAUUUUGGGAUUUUGGUCAAUGUAGGGUGGAGAAGCUUGUAAAAUUAUUCAUUUCAAUAUAAUUGUAGUUACUUUUUUUUUUUUUUU